AAGUAACAAUAAGCCAAUGAUGAAUGAACAAAAUUUGCAACAUGCAAGUGUACAUUAUACUAUCAUUUAAUAUGGCCAAAUUAUAAGGCAUUACAUUCCUUAAACGCCAAAGCCGGCGUUUCACAAUGACCAAUGUGCAUUCUUAUUAGGAAAUGCUUAUAACGUGGAAUUAUUUUUACUUUCUUGGAUCUAUACAUCAGAAAAAUUCACUUAUUAUAGCAACCAUAAACUACACAAAAUUUCCUCCUCUCUGUUCACUUGUACUACAUUCUAGCCUACCUCUUCUUUGUUCCUUUUCUCUUACACCAUUGAGAAAAAGAGAUAUGGCAAAUGAAACUCAUCAUGACCAACAAUUCUCAAAAACGCUUCCAUCUUAUAAUCAACAUGCUCACACUCACAACAAAAAUCACAAGCUUAUGAAGUCUUUUAUGCUAGUCAUAUUUACCAACCUUGUAACCAUUUACAUCUUCACUGGUCCCUUUAGUUUCAUGUAUCAGUACUCCUCUAUAAGUUCUAGUGAUUCAAACUCCAUCUUGCAGGAACUCAACUCCACCAAAGCUCAACUUGCUGCAAGUCACACAAUCUUAUCUCAGCUGCAUCAAAGACUCAACUCCACUAAUUUACUUGUCCAAGCCUUGCUUAUCGAUCUUACCCGCGAACAAGAAAAACAAUCCAAUCGUGCAGAUAAGAACCCUUCGACUGUCAACCUCGGAAAUGAUGAUGAUUUCACUACAGCUGAUGCUGCAACGAUAUCUGAUGAGCUCAGCAUUGCACUUGGCCCACACAAGCUCCCUUUCGGGUACUCACCAAAGAUAGGAUCGGGCCAGAUUCACAUGCCUAUUGGUGAAGCCUGCUUGAGGCUUCAUCAUGAGGAGUUAAAGCAAUUUAUGACAUAUGACAUUGGAGGUGAAUGUCCUGUAGAUGAUGUACUUUCACAAGGACUCAUACUCAAAGGGUGUGAACCGUUACCUCGUCGGAGAUGCCACCCUAAGUCUCCUAUGAAUUACGUAGAACCGGCACCUUUUCCAGACAGUCUUUGGAAAAUUCCGCCAGACACAAGCAUUAACUGGGACUCCUAUAUUUGUAAAAGCUAUCAGUGUCUUGUUGAUAGAAAGAACGAGCCAGGUUCCUAUGACUGCAAAGGUUGCUUUGACUUAGAAAAAGAAGAGAAGAUUAAGUGGAUAUUUGAUGAUGGUGAACUUGAUUUUGGAAUAGACCAAGUUCUUGCAACAAAAGCAGCCGGAACGAUUCGGAUUGGACUUGACAUUGGUGGUGGAACUGGAACAUUUGCUGUGAGAAUGAAGGAACGGAAUGUGACAAUUAUUACAAGCACACUGAAUUUGGAUGGCCCAUUCAACAACAUGAUUGCAUCAAGGGGUUUAAUACCAAUGCAUAUUAGCAUCUCUCAAAGGUUUCCAUUCUUUGAAAACACACUGGAUAUUGUGCACUCUAUGAAUGUCAUUGGAAAUUGGAUGCCAGACACCAUGCUUGAGUUUGUGUUGUAUGAUAUAUACAGGGUUUUGAGGCCAGGUGGUCUGUUCUGGCUUGACCAUUUUUUCUGCUUUGGUUCACAACUCAACAAGACUUACAUGCCAAUGUUGGAUCGAGUUGGAUUCAAUAAACUGCGAUGGCACGUUGGAGUGAAACUUGAUCCUGGGGUUCGAAAGAAUGUAUGGUUCAUUUCAGCUCUUAUGGAGAAACCAACGAUUUGAGAAGAGAAAUUAAGUGGACAGACAAGGAGACAUUCAAUACCUUUCCAUAACCUCCAGCUCCUACAUAAUUGACUUGUGCAAAUUUUUUGGUGUAGUUCUGAAUCUCAUCGAAAGAGAAGCGCCUUGCUCCUUUUAACUGUGGGAUGCUACUAUUGCUCUCAUCAGGACCCCAUUGUUC